AUGGGGUAUGUUUUUGAACAUAUCCAGCUCGAUCAAGUUGUUACAAACUAUGUCGCGACCGCGGGGAUAGCAGUGUCUCUCAUCCUUGUGUACUUUUUUGUUAUUUAUGAUCCAGCUCUGGAUCCCUUCAGAAACACAGAUGAAGACCCUCCAAAUCCAUUGUUUCGCCCGAAUCCAGUGGACAAGAUCUUUCUUCGAACCCUGAGAAACAUACCUAAGCGCUUUGUGGGAGACCUGAAAAUCUCUUACAAUAAGCUCGAACGAAGCUUUAUUAGGUGUAUCCUCGCAAUGAGUGACAUCCAGCUCAUAACUGGCCUAUCAAUUCUUAUCAGUGGAUUUGUACAACUUCGUCAAGGACUGCCAUCUUACCGCUGGAUGGCCGUGAUUGACUUAGCCUGGUUUUCCAGCAUAACCCACCUUGCUUGCUUGACACUACUGCGGAAUUACCUCUAUAAUCACUCUUUUGAGCGCAUGUUACGGUUUAUAGCCAUGGCCGGUCUUGCUAUACUCCUGAUUGUAGCUCUUUCGUUCACUAGCACUUACUGGUGGGCCAAUACCACUUCCCCAAUGGGAGGAGCUUUUUAUUACGAUACUGACACUACCACUCAUGCCGCGAUUUGCCAUAUGGGCGUUGUAGGUCCAAUAUGGAGCCUCGGAUACAUCACAAUGAUUCUUUCGAUGCUCUUAGUCUUUUUUGGGUUUACCUUCCGCGUGACUAAAUUGUACAAGGUCAUUUCUGUUAGCUUCAUGGGACAGGCUAGAAUCUGGCUUAGUACUUGUGCGCGACGUCUAUUACGCGUUGUUUUCACAUGGUGUUGCUUAGGUAGCUCGCGCCAUGGCCUAAAGCGAACCCUUCUCUACCGACCUUUAUUGGCAGGCUUCUUUUCAGCCCGUUUAUUCAUAGACUUAUGGUCCUCUAUGUUACUUGAGGUCGGGUGGUUAUUAGUCGGAUUUACGUGGGGAACCAUGCGUCUAAUGACACUUUUACUCGAUGUUCGGGGCAUCAUGUCUUACUCUUCGAUGUUAAGAGACUCCAAUGAUGAAAAUAGUCAUUGGGGGUUCGGCCAAGUCGUGGCUAUCGUUCUUUUAAUUGCACCUUUAGUCACAUUCGUUGAAUUGUUCAAUAAAGAUACUGAAUCAGGCGGUACGGCAGAUAUUAGCUGCGGUAAUCAUGUUUACGAAUCAUUACCUCUUGAGCAUCAACCUUCCGGCUUGAUGAUAUUACCUUUGACAAAUUCAGGGGGUAGUAUCCCUAAGGAUCCAGAUGAUCCUGACAGCGACUGGAAUGAUCAUAUAGAAACCCUUGGCACGGCAGUGAUUUACAUCACCACCAUGUGCAUUGCUUUGGCCAGCGUCAUUCUCAGGUAUAGCGUUUCAGAGACAAUCCCGAUGGGACUGUGGUAUCUCAGGAUACCUAUUGUCUUGGCUCUACUAAACAUCUUUGAGUUAUUACUUUUCUCAUUAAUGAUUGAAUCGGAUCUUUCUGGAACACCUUCCUGGGGACGAAAGCUCCUUCAUCUGGUGAAUGUCCAAUUCUUCGGCCUGAGUGCCUUUUUCCCCCUCAUUAUAGAGAUGACGAUUGGUCAACAUGAUGAUUAUGUUCUUUCUUCGGCCCAAUCCUUCUCUUGGAUUGGGAAUUACUCUCUCAUGAUUUUUGCUACUUGUUUUUACGUAUUAUGUCUUAUUACUAUCCGCUAUGUGAGAUAA